UGAUCCUUCAUUCUCUCUCAGCCUAUACUUACCAAAUGGCUGGGACUCGACAUCCCAGCCACGAUCAUCCCAUGAAGCUACAGUAUUCAUCAGAAGAAUAUGAAAUUUACUGUCACGGUUGCGACCGACGCACAAUCGACAAACAUCCAUUCUUUCAAUGUCUCUCUAAGCCAUGUCCCUUCUAUCUACACAAAUCAUGCGCUUCACUUCCCCAAAAGCUAUCUCAUUCCUUCCACCCACAACACCCACUCUAUCUCCUCUUCCGCCCGCCUUACGCUCGCGGCUUCUUCCAAUGCGACGCUUGCUUAAAGAGCAGCAAAGGCUUCACCUUCCAUUGCCCAGACUGCAAUUUCGACUUGGAUUUAUCAUGCUCUCAACUGAUACCCAGAGAAACAAUCCAAGAAGAAAUAGGGUUUGACGGGAAAUCACAUUCAUGGUUCAUUUGUGACAAGGACGAAGAGAAAUUCGAGGGUUUAUUAUGCUCUGCCUGCAGGUUACCAGUUGAAAACCCUGUCUAUGUUUGUUUAGAGAACAAAUUAUUAAUGCACAAAUCGUGCACUCAAUUACCAAAGAGAAUUAUAACCCCACUUCACCGACGGCACAGUCUGUUAUUGAAGAGAUGGGUGCCGCCGGAGCUUCCAGGUGACGGCGGUAGUGAAUUCUGCACCUUAUGUGCGGAUGCAUUAGACGGGUCAAUUGGGUAUACAUGCGAAGAAUGUAAUUUCAAACUAGAUAUGAAAUGUUCUUCACUGGUCGCCAGGACCUAUGAAUUCCAUGACCAUCCUCUUGUUCUUGUGUACAUACCUAGGCGUUUCAGAUGUGAUAGUUGCGUUUGCAAUGUAUGUCUCCCAUUGUUGCAUUGCGUUGAUGAGGAUUGUGGGUUUGAUAUCCAUCUUCAUUGUGUUCCUUCACUGCCUAUUGUUGUCAAGUUUGAAGGUCAUAUUCAUCAUCUCACUUUAAUGAACACCCGAAUCAAAGAUCAUGACGAUGAGGAAGGUCAUGAGGAGUUCUACUGUGAUGCUUGUGAGGAAAUUAGGUUACUGUCUGAUCCUACUUAUUAUUGCGAAGAAUGUCAUUAUGUUGCUCAUGUCAGAUGUUUAAUCUCCGACGAAGAAGUGCUUGCGCUAGGGAAUGAAUUUUGCAAUCUUGGCACAUCCAAAGAGGGAAGUAUGGAUGCUUCAAUAUCAACGGUAAUAGAAGAGAACAAAUGUGGUCGUUCUGAUCUGGCCAGAACAGAGUUGGAGAAGGAGAUAGACUCUGUUAGAUUAGAAAUACAAGCAUUAUCAGCAAAACUCGAAGAACUGAAACAGAAACGUGCUCGAGCGAGUAAAUUGCUCGCCUUCUAUGAGAGUCAAAGGUAAGCAUACUUGUGGAGGCUAUCUCAACACUGAAAUUAACUGCAAAAGAUGGAUAGUGUAUCAAUUUAUUCUCUAUAACUUAUUCUGUGCAAUUGUAGUUUAUUUGAAUUUAUAA